AUGAUACAUUUUAGACGUUUGAAGAAAAUUGAAACAUCACCAAAACUUAUUCUUUAUCGUGGACUUAAUUUGCCUGAAGAUGAGAUAGAAAUUUUACGACAAAAUGUAGGUAAACUAGUAUCAACCAAUGGUUAUUUAUCAACAAGUCGAUCACGAGAUGUGGCAGUGAUGUUUGCAAAUAAAGUAAUAAUGGAAAUUGAAAUGGAUAUGAAACUGGAAACAGUAAUUUGUGCUGAUAUAGCUGAUAGCAGUGUCUUUAACGAUGAAGGCGAAGUAUUAUUUGACAUCGGUGCUGUAUUUGAAAUGGUCAAUUGUGUAGAAGAAUUUGAAGACAUGAAUGCUAACUCUAAUAUGAACAAAAUUUUGGUAUUUAAAAUGAAAGCAACAGAUAAAGGUUCAGAAAUAGCAAAAGAAUAUAUUGAAUAUCAAAAGAAAAGAAUUUCACAAUCAGAUAUUACUUUAAUGUUUGGUUGUCUACUAGCUGAUAUGGGUCAAUAUAAAAAAUCAUCACAACAUUUUGAAAGAAUUUUAUAUGAACGACCUAAUGACGAAAAAAUUGCAUGUAUAUAUAGUAGUUUGGCAAGAACAUGUCGUCUAGAUGGUCAAUAUGAACGUUCAAUUUAUUAUUAUAAACAAGCUUAUGAUAUGCAUACUCGUAUUCAACCACCGCGUCUCAUAAGUGCUGCAAGAGCACUCAACGGGCUUGGUAUUGUUUAUAGUGAACAACAUGAUUAUAAUUCUGCACUUGAAAACUUGACAUUAUCUUUAAAAUUAUACAGAAAAUACGGGAAAGAAGAUGAGGAAUAUGCCGGAAUUUUAAACAACAUAGCAAGUAUAUAUUGUUCUCUUAAUGAACUUGAUAAAGCUCUUGACAAUUUUGAAAAAGUCAAAGAAAUUCAUGAUAGAAUAUUGCCAUCGGAUCAUUCUAAUAGAGCUGCAACAUUUAUUAAUAUUGGAAAUGUUUACUAUGAAAAAAAGGAUUAUACGACAAGUUUAGAUUAUUAUAUGAAAUGUCUGAAAAUAAAAGAAAAGAUAUUGCCUGUUGAACAUCAAGAUAAAAUACGUUGUUUGGAUAAUAUUGGGCUUGUUUAUUAUCGAAUGAAAAAUUACCAAGAAGCAUAUGUAUAUUUUCAAAAGGCAUUGAUGAUGGCUGAAAAAAUUCUAACACGAAAUCAUGUUCUGUUCAAUGACUUGCAUGAUCACAUUAAACUUGUUAAAAACGACUGUUUAGACGUUGAAACUAGCAUGGCACCAUCUGCGACUCAAGCCAUCAUGUCAUAA